GUAGAGCUGAGCUGUGCUCACACCAAGACACUGUAGGAAAGCAAACAAGUGCAGAUGGAUUGGGUACCUCUCAGUGCAUGGACCAUGACCUAUGGAUACCCUUCCAUCCUAUAGCUGACAGACAAGACUUCCUUCUUCUUGGCACUCUGGACCUGAACAGCUUUUUACUUCUUGCGCUUCUUUGUUCCUUUGGGAAGAUUUUAUCCGGUUUUGUUCAUCUGCUGUGAUCAGUAUGCUCAGCCCUGUGACUCUGCAGCAGAUCAUUUCCACCCUGGUUGUGCUGUGCAGCGUUGAAGUGAUAGUAAAGGGUGAGUGUCCGGCUGAGUGUUCCUGCGCCCCCUCACCCCCGCUGUGUCUGCCAGGCGUCAGCUGGGUAACCGACCACUGUGGCUGCUGUAAAGUUUGUGCUCGGCAGUUCAAUGAAGACUGCAGUGCGACCGAACCCUGCGAUCACAUCAAGGGGCUGCACUGCCACCUGGGGGCCGGAGGAGACCCUGAGAGAGGACUGUGUCGAGCUGAGGCCCACGGUUUGCCCUGUGCCUUCAACGGACGGGUGUACCAGCACGGUGAGGACUUCCAGCCAAUCUGCCAACACCAGUGCACCUGUAUGAACGGCGUGGUGGGCUGCAUGCCCCUCUGUCCUCACCAAGUGCCCCUGCCCAACUGGCGCUGCUCACGGCCCCGGCUGGCCUUGCCUGAGGGCGCCUGCUGCGAGGUGUGGGUGUGCGACGACGACAACCGCAUCAGUGAGGAGCCCGAGGAGCCGACGCACACUUCCCCGCCAGACAGCCAACCUCAUCCCAACCACAUCAGUGCCCUGCUGAAGGCGCAGCCACAACCUCAACAUCCAGCUGCCAUCGGAGAGGCCACAUUCAGAGAGACGCCGUCCUUCCCCAUGUUUGAUGUUUUACUCGAGCCCCGCUGUUUCCAACAAACAACUGAGUGGAGCCAGUGCUCUGCCACAUGUGGGAUGGGAGUUUCAAGUCGUGUGACCAACAACAACCCUGACUGUCGGCUGGUCACAGAAACUAGACUGUGCCUGAUCCGCCACUGUGAGCUGCAACUUCCUGUAACUAGCAAGGGGAAGAAGUGUCAGCGAACUGUCCGCCCACAGCAGCCUGUCAGGAUCACCUUUGCUGGAUGCUCCACAGCUCAGCGGUAUCGUCCUCGUACCUGCGGAUCUUGUACCGAUGGCCGCUGCUGCUCCCCUUCUCUGUCCCGCACCGUACGCCUCCGCUUCCACUGCCCUGACAGCGACACCUUCUACAACGUCAUGUGGAUCCAGCGCUGCAGCUGCACUACGAGCUGCCGUACGGACGGCGGGCCCUCCAGCCCUUCAGUCAGCCUCUACAAAGACAUCCACACCUUCAGGGACUGACACGUCAUACCCAGACCUGGCCUGCCACACUGGGUGGAGAUUCUACAACCUCUCCCAUCCCUGAACCCACUGCCUCCCUGUCAGUCAGUCAGCUGGGUGGAAACGCUCGCUUGCACUUUAAGCUUCCUGCCACCGUGAUGUCAGUUUGUCCACACUAAAGCGACACCAGGCCAACACUGAGGACAACAUGCUGCAGUGUUCCUGCUGGCAGAGAGCUUUAACUGAAACUUCUUUUAUUUAUUUGUAACUUUGGAUCCAAAGGGUGACACAACAAUUUGUCAAACAGCAAACAGCAUCUUUUCUUUUGAUGCAUUUAAAAAUAUUGAAGAAUAUUUAGAUGACAUAAGGUGUAUUCUUUAGUAUCUGUACAGGCUGUGUGCUCCUGGCCUGUCCUUUGUCAUACAGUUAUUUCUAUACAUGUACUGAUUGUAGAAUUGAUUACUUACUGUUUGUGCAUGUGUGUGUGUGUGUGUGUGUGUGUGUGUGUGUGUGUGUGUGUGUGUGUGUGUAGAUGAAAGUCUAUUGCUCUAUUUGAAGAAUGAGAAACUUUCACAUGGUAAAGUUUAGAGAAACUGUGCUUAUUCUGCUACUCUGGUAUAUAGAUAUAAGCAUAUCGUGUAUAUAGACUUCACUCUUAGUUGUGGAGUGGUAAAUUGAAGGAUCUCCUCAUUUUUCGGGGUGUGAUUUUAUUGCGUUUUUUCCUUCUCGGUGUGCAUACAGCGCUUUGUUUUGAGGGAUGAUAUAAUACUGUAUAUUUAAGACAUGUUGCAUGUGUUCACUGGACGUUUUUGUCUGUCAUCUUCUGUACAUCAAAUAAAAACUUACCAAUCUUG